CACUAGUUCAGUCUUCUUCUUGCUGCAUGUUGAACUGACACAUUUGACGUGUCAGAGGCAAAUCAAAAGUUAUUUUUCUUAACAAUUCGCAUGUUUUGUGUGUUUGCGAAUAACGCAAUAACAAAAUUCAAAAGCAACAGCAACCCAAACAAACAACAAAAUGGUAUUGGCAGAUCUGGGCAGGAAGAUAACGACGGCGCUGCACUCGCUGAGCAAGGCGACGGUGAUCAAUGAGGAGGCGUUGGGGGCGAUGCUUAAGGAGAUCUGCGCUGCUCUCCUGGAGGCGGACGUGAACAUCCGGCAGGUAAAGCAGCUGCGCGAAAAUGUGCGUGCCGUCAUAGACUUCGAUGAGAUGGCCGGGGGAUUAAACAAACGCCGGAUGAUACAGUCCGCCGUAUUCAAGGAGCUCAUCAAACUGGUCGAUCCGGGCGUGAAACCGUAUCAGCCCGUAAAGGGCAAGGCCAAUGUCAUUAUGUUUGUCGGUCUGCAGGGAUCCGGCAAGACAACCACGUGCACUAAGCUAGCCUAUCACUACCAGAAGCGCAACUGGAAAUCGUGUCUGGUCUGUGCGGACACGUUCCGUGCCGGUGCCUACGAUCAGAUCAAGCAGAACGCCACCAAGGCGAGAAUACCCUUCUACGGCAGCUAUACGGAGAUUGAUCCCGUGGUCAUUGCCCAGGAGGGCGUCGAUAUGUUCAAGCGGGAGGGAUUCGAAAUGAUCAUAGUGGACACAUCGGGCAGGCACAAGCAGGAGGAAUCUCUCUUCGAGGAGAUGUUGGCGGUGGCCAAUGCGGUCAGUCCCGAUAACAUCAUCUUCGUGAUGGACGCCACCAUUGGACAGGCCUGUGAGGCUCAGGCGAAGGCCUUUAAAGAGAAAGUGGACAUUGGAUCAGUGAUUAUUACAAAGCUGGACGGUCAUGCCAAGGGAGGAGGUGCUCUGUCCGCUGUGGCGGCCACACAGUCACCCAUCAUCUUCAUCGGCACCGGGGAACACAUCGAUGACCUGGAACCCUUCAAAACGAAGCCCUUUGUGAGCAAACUACUCGGCAUGGGAGACAUCGAGGGACUGAUAGACAAGGUUAACGAACUCAAACUGGACGGCAACGAGGAGCUGCUGGAGAAGAUCAAGCACGGCCAUUUCACCAUUCGCGAUAUGUACGAGCAGUUCCAGAACAUCAUGAAGAUGGGACCCUUUUCACAGAUCAUGAACAUGAUUCCCGGCUUCUCGCAGGACUUUAUGACCAAGGGCGGGGAACAGGAGUCGAUGGCGCGCAUUAAGCGCAUGAUGACCAUGAUGGACAGCAUGUCCGACAGUGAACUGGACAACAGAGAUGGCGCCAAGCUGUUCAGCAAGCAGCCGACACGUUGCAUUCGAGUGGCCCAAGGAUCUGGAGUUAUUGAAAGGGAGGUCAAGGAAUUAAUUGCACAUUAUACGAAAUUCGCAGCCGUGGUCAAGAAAAUGGGUGGCGUCAAAGGAUUAUUUAAGCAGGGAGAUAUGACGAAAAAUGUGAAUCCCACACAGAUGGCCAAACUGAAUCAGCAGAUGGCCAAAAUGAUUGAUCCCCGGAUGCUGCAGCAAAUGGGCGGAGUCGGAGGACUGCAGAAUAUGAUGCGACAACUGCAACAAGGAGCAGCCGGAGGCCUAGGAGGUUUGGGGAACCUCAUGGGCGGAUUUGGCGGCAAAUGAGACGGAUGUAUGAUUUUUGUAUGAUUAUGUUUUUUUAAAUAGUUUGGUUCCUUAGUCCUAAUUUGUUAAUAAUGGUUUGCAAGCGCGACAAUUAAUGAUCCUUGUUUUCAUGGCGAAUUCUCUCUUGUCUAACCAAAUUCAAUAAUAUUGCAAUACAAUAACAAUUCCUGAAGCAAAAUCCAAAUAAAGUUAACAGCUUUAGUUAACGGAUAAACUUUAAACACAUGCAUUUUGGUCAUGUCUUUAUUGUAAACAAUUAUUUUGCAUGCAUAACAGCCGUACAAAGAGAAAACAUAAAACAAACUAAAUAAAUGGAAAAAUUUGAAAUAGGA